AUGGCACCCUUUAAGUUUGGCGGUAAAAAAAAAUCACAUUUUGCACAAUUUGCAAGUAAUUUAGUAGAUGGACAUCACAGCAAUAACAAUAAUGAAAGUGAUCUGAAUAAUGAGCACAAUUUUAAUAAUAAUAACACCACCAGUUUUACUAAAAAUAAUAAUACAAGUACAUCUAACACCAACAACAAUGCAAGUGGUGGCCUGAAUGUUAUUCGAUCGGGGUUCAGAAAAGUUUCUGGAGGCAGUGGGGGUACUACUAAUACUAGUGCUGCUGCUGUUCCAGGUAGCUUUACCAGCCCUGCUACUACCACUACUAGUGGUAAUAACAAUAAAAAACAUAACGGUGCUAAACCAAAUGUUACCCCCCUGAAUUCAACACCGAUUAUGAAUAAUAAUAAUAAUAACAAAAAUGCUAUAAACACCACUAAUAGCCCUCCGGCAAUUCCUGAUAUGACACAACAACCGUAUGCCUCCAAUAUAAAUAAAAAUAACAAAAACAACAAGAAGAACAUCUCUAUUGCUUCUUCAAAGCUAACAGAAAGAUCACCAUUUUAUCAAAAAGCGGUAAACGGUAACAAUAACAACCUAGCUUAUAAUAGCGAUAAUAUUCCUGCACAAAGAAACAUCUCAUUAACCUCAUCCAAUUCUUCUACUAGCAAUAGCAAUACACACUCAACGUACACACCAUGGUCUAGAGUCAAAUUAGGUGUUUCUCCAUUUCCUAGGUAUAGACACGUUGCUUCAACCAUGAUAGUUAAUGAUGAGAUCUAUGUUAUUGGAGGUUUACAUGAUCAAAGUGUGUAUGGUGAUACUUGGAUAUUAACUGCACACCAUACAGACGGGAACAACACUUACACUAGUUUUACCAGUAAUACAGUAGAUAUAAGCGAUACUACUCCACCACCCAGAGUUGGGCAUGCAGCCACUUUAUGUGGGAACGCUUUUGUUAUAUUUGGUGGAGAUACUCAUAAAACAAACGAUAAAGGAAUGAUGGACGAUGAUAUCUAUUUAUUUAAUAUUAAUUCUAAUAAAUGGACCAUUCCUCACCCAGUUGGUCCCAGACCCUUGGGUAGAUACGGCCAUAAAAUUUGUGUUAUCGUGGGUACGCCUAAUACCCAAAUGAAAACUAAACUAUAUGUUUUUGGUGGUCAAUUUGAUGACACAUAUUUCAAUGACUUGUGCGUUUUUGACUUGUCCUCCUUUAGAAGGCCCGACUCUCAUUGGGAAUUUUUAAAGCCACAGGCCACAGGUUCCUCCAGCGGGUUUAUUCCACCACCAAUCACCAAUCAUACCAUGGUUACAUACGACCACAAGUUAUGGGUUUUUGGCGGUGAUACAGCUCAAGGACUUUUAAAUGAAGUUUUUAUGUAUGAUCCCUUUGCGAAUACUUGGGAACUGGUUAAUACAAAACACGAUUCAGAUUCAAAACCACCACCCUUGCAAGAACAUGCUGCUGUUAUGUAUAAAGAUUUGAUGUGCAUUGUUGGCGGUAAAGAUGAAAACGAUGUUUAUUCCAACGAUGUUUAUUUCUUGAAUAUGAACACUUUUACGUGGUUCAAAUUACCUAAAUUUCUAAGAAAUAUUCCUCAACCAAGGAGUGGGCAUUCAAUUACUGUUUUGAAAAACAAUAAGUUAUUAAUUAUGGGUGGUGAUAAAUUUGAUUAUGCUAAUGUAGGAGAGAACAAUUACCAUAGUAGUGAUCAUGAUUUGGGUGUUGGGACUUUGCUAUAUAUUUUGGAUUUGAGCAAAUUGUCUGAAUGGUGUCCUGGUGUAUUUAAUACGAGCAAUGUCAAUACUACAGCUAGUACCCUUAACAGUGUUAAUAAUGAUAGUACGAACAAUAUCAAUAAUAAUAAUAAUAAUAAGAAUGGUGGUAAUAAUGGUGGUAAUAGUAGUAGUAACAAUGGUACUGAUAUUGCUAUUGCUACUGCAACUAAUAAUGUACCCACUGUUGGUGUAAAUGUUAGCACGCCUAUUGCCUCACCGGAAGUUGUUCAAGGCGAUAUACUAACACCACAACAAAAGAAAAAGAUUGAUGAAAACAAUACAAAUGCUGGAAGUACCAUUAUACCGGUUUUGAAUGCUGCUACUAGUACGCCAGUCAAAACGAACUUGGAUGAUAAUAUUAUUAACGGUAGUAACAAGAGUAAUGCUAAUAACGAAAGAACUCCUAUUAAUCAAAUAAUUAACAACCAAACUCCGACUGGUUCCACUGCUAGUGGCACCAAUACUCCCUUAGACACACCAAAUGGCGUUGUUCAUGAUAAUAAUGAUAGUACUAUCAAAAGUGCCCCAAAUGCUACUAAUACUAAUAAUCAACAGGAAGAUACAAUCAGUGUUGAUAAUAGUAGCAAAACUAAUAGUGGUAUAUUAUUAACCAACGAAAAAUCCAGAGGUACCAGCGACUUUUUUGACACAUAUAAUGAUGAUACGAGUACUGUGACGAGUGGACGUAAUAGCAGUAACUUAAGGACGUCACAAUUGCAACUUGAUACGUCUGGAUCAGGCGUUUCCACUGUUAUUGCAAACAAUAACAACAGUACUAACAAAAUUGUGGGCAACAUUAACACUGAUGUUAGUAAUGCUUCAUCUAAUAAAGGUACCGAACAAGAAAAUGAUGUUGGCUUAAAAAAAGAAGAACAAGAGGAUGGUGAAGAAGAAAAAGAAAAAGAAAAAGAGAAAGAAAAAGAAAAAGAAAAAGAAAAAGAAGAAACAAUGUUUUCUAAGACUAAGACUACUAUAAAACCAAGGGCAACAGAUGAACAAGAAGAAGAAAAAGAAGAGGAAGAAGAAGAAGAAGAAGAAACCACAGAAACAACAGGAGAAGAUGGGCAUAUGACCCCUUCUUCUUUAUCUGCAAUAACUGAAUUACAAACAGCAACACUGGGUAACUCGCCCUCUAAAGGACAAGUGCGUAAAGAAUCCUGGUCUAGUCCAAUGACAGUUGCCAUGCCAACUACCCCGAAUAUUAAUACCACAGCCUCCGUCACUACUCUUACUCCUAUUAAAGAGAACAGUACUGUUGGGAUUGUUCAGAAAGAAAACGGUAUUGAUAAUAAAUUUUUGGCUGAAAUAGUCGAAGAAUUACAACAAUUGAAGCUGGAAACAAAACAAAGUGCUAAGUUGGCUAGCGAUAAAAUCAAGCAAUUGGAAUUUGAAAACCAACAGUUAAAAUCCAACCCAUCUCACAACAACAUUUCUUCUGAGGACACUGCUGUGCUGGUUGAGCAAAUUGCCACUUUAAAGAAAAUUGUAGAUGACCAGAGUCAAUUACUGAUACGUAAAAAUGAGGAAAUGCUAGAAAUUAGACAUUCUAACGAAUUGUUGGAAACUGAUUAUGAAGAGUUGCAACGUAAGAAUGAAUUGCUGAAUAAUGAACUCUUAGAUGUUAAGAAAUUUGAAUCUAAUUGGAAUAAUCAAGUUGCAGAUUAUUCUUUGAAAUUAGAUUCUUUAUUAAUUUCCUGGAAUUUAAACGAUGUCUGCGAAAAUUUAAAACAGGCUAACAAAAAUUUACAGCUGGAAAAUGAAACUUUAGGUACUCAAUUGACUAGAUCCUCACAAGAGUUAAAUAAUUAUAAGCAAAGUUAUCAAAACAGUUUAAAUAGUGUUGAGAGUACUAGUAAAGCAUUAACUUUAAGUCAACAGGAAAUGUAUAAAUUGAAAGAGGAAAAUAAAAGAUUAAAGGAGCAAAUAGAGGAGUAUGAAUUUGAUGGCGGUAAUAUCAACAAUGGUGAUAGAAUAGGAAAUGGAGAUACUUCAGUCCAAGAAGAUUCUGAUUUCACCAACACAAGCAUGAGUAGUUUAAACAACAGCAACAACACCGGUAAGGGAAAUGCUUUGAAAUUAAAAGUCAGAGACUUAAAGGCUGAAUUGUUUAUUAUAAAGCAGGAAAGAGAUACUUUAAAGGAGGAUGUUAUGAAUUUGAAGAAACAAUUGUUAACCAUGGAUGACUGA